AUGGGCAGCACGGGCAGUGCCAACUCGCACGAGCACGAGUACGACGACGACGACUUCCUCGGCGGCGGAGGCGGCGCGAGCAGCAGUGCGGCGCAGCAGCAGCGGCAGAGCGGCAAGAGCGAGAGUGUGGAUGACGUCGAGGGCGAGGAGGAGGAGGACGACUCGGACGACGACGCGCCGGCCAAGAGCAAGCGCAAGCGGGCACGCACAAACACGGCCGCGUCGGCCAACGGCGCCGACGGCAAGAGCGAGCGCGACAACGCUACGGGCCGCCGUAAGAUCCGCAUCGAGUUCAUCGAGGACGACAGCCGGCGGCACAUCACGUUCAGCAAGCGCAAGGCGGGCAUCAUGAAGAAGGCGUACGAGCUCGCGACAUUGACCGGCACGCAGGUGCUGCUGCUCGUCGUCUCGCAGACGGGCCUGGUGUACACAUUUACCACGCCCAAGCUGGCGCCGGUGGUCAAGGAGAACGCGGGCAAGGAGCUGAUCCGGCGCUGUCUCGAGUCGGACGAG